AUGUGGAGACAUUUGGUCAAGCGACCUAUAAGACUGGCGUACUACAGCAGUCGAUCUCAAAGCUUCAGAAAAUGGUCAGACUUGAGCCAUGAUGAUAGGGUAACAUUCAUUACCAAGUAUGUUGAUCUAUACAAGGAAAAGCAUCCUUGUAGCAAAAGCAAUGUUAUGUAUAGGACGUUGGCAAGCGACAUGGAAGAGCACGAUGACACCCCUUAUGUUUUUGGUAUACUAUACAAUGAAAUUAGAGCUGUUCAGUUGGGCGAAUCUAAAGACAACGUCAAGGGCUCUGGCACAAUGGGGGACCCAGAUUUUGCUAAAUUAUUGUACAAAUAA